UUUUUUUUUUAAAUAAGGAAGAUAUCACACAUCAGUUAGAUGUAAGUUCCUGAAACGACGUGGAGUCUAUCUUAACUUUUGGGUUUCUUAUGAUCUUUUUUCGUUGAAGCCGAACCGACAAAGCCACCUUCUUUUUUUCCCGUUAGCUGCGCAGCUGCGACGGGACUGCUGAAUAACUAAAGAGCGAAGUUGACGCUAGCAGAGUCGCUCAAAUAACGGACUAGCCUGUUAGCUUUUCCCAGCUGCUCCAACUCGAAGCAGAAGUCAACCAUUAACCGGACAUCGUUAUCGAAAUGAGUUUCAUUCCAUCUGGAGUUUAUUCAGUUAACGGUUCGGGUUGCUCGCUCCUCUCUCCGUGACGCUAGGUUGGGCUGCUGCCACUGUGAAUUAACAGCCGAACAUCUGGUCCAGCAUGAAGGCCAUGGGCUCCAGAUUCUCCUUUUACGCUGGUUUCGUGGUGGGGACUCUAACAUUGUACGUGAUCAUGCGGCAGAUGUGGUUUGAGAGGAGCCUGCAGGUCAACAGCUAUGGGCAACUUAGUGACCGGCAGCAACAGUUGGACCAAGACAUGGGGGUAUGGAAGAAGGAGAGGUCGGCUCUGUUUAACCUGGAUCACCCUCAUCAUUCAGGUGAGGACAGCCGUAUGGCUGAUGAGCUCUACAAAAAGGUGCGUAUCCUUUGCUGGGUGAUGACCGGCCCCAACAACCUGGAGAAGAAGGCUCGCCAUGUCAAGUACACAUGGAGUCGCCAUUGCAAUAUAGUUGUUUUCAUGAGUUCCGUAGAUGACCCAGACUUCCCCACAGUGGGACUUGGCACAAAAGAAGGCCGCGAUCAGCUGUACUGGAAAACGAUCAGAGCCUUCCAUUACGCCUACGAGCGUCACGCCAAUGAGGCAGACUGGUUCCUAAAGGCGGAUGAUGAUACCUAUGUGAUAGUAGAUAAUCUGCGAUGGGUCCUUGCGAACCACACACCAGAUGAGCCAAUUUACUUCGGGCGAAGAUUUAAACCUUACACCAAGCAGGGGUACAUGAGUGGCGGUGCUGGAUACGUACUGAGCAGAGAAGCCCUGCGGAGAUUUGUGGAAGGUUUUAAAAACAAAGUGUGUACUCACACUUCUUCUGUUGAGGACCUGGCGAUGGGACAGUGUAUGGAGAAGGUUGGGGUUCUGGCAGGAGACUCCAGAGACACUUCACAGAGGGAGACGUUUCACCCCUUCGUCCCUGAACAACACCUCACUGCCAAAUUCCCCAAAAGCUUCUGGUACUGGAGCUACUGCUACUACCCCAUCUCAGAGGGUCCAAACUGCUGCUCCGAUGUGUCUGUUUCUUUCCAUUAUGUAGACGCUGCCGGCAUGUAUUUGUUGGAGUACUACGCCUACCACAUGCGUGCCUUUGGAUACAGAUACCGUUAUCAGCCACCCACCCCAAAGACUUACAGAAUUGACCUUUCAAAUUCAGAGGAUUCUGCCGAGAGACUAAAAGAGAAGGCUUCUGGGGGGAAGGAGCCAGGGAACACAGAGGAUGGAUCUAGAGUUCAUCAACGGCAGGAUGUGGAUGGUAAAGACCCUGCUGCCGCUGUAGUUUGAUAAUCACACAGACUUACAGGUUGAGAGAAAAUGUGUUGGUUUUUUUGGGUGUUCACCCAUUCAUUGUGAUAAUCUGGGCUAGUAGAAGUAAUUUGAUCCACCUUGAUCUUUGGUUUCUUCCACUAACAAGUGCAUUCCCUGAGGACUGUGGAGCUUUAGGACUGACUUUAAGUCAGCUGCGACUUCAAGACUGUUUUUCGGGCAGAGAUAUUCUUUUAUUAAUUUAAUCAUUUUAUUUUUUAAGUGGUUUUAAAAUUGUGUUUUUUGAAAUGUGUCUGUCCUUCAUGUCUGACCUCAUUCCUUGUGGUGGUUUAACACCUGCUCAGAAAGGCCUGGUCUUGUAAUCUAGGUUGGAUGACUUCUUUGUAAAUUCAAAGUAACUGAAGUCAUGUUUGCAUUUGGCUUGUUAGUUUUUCACAUGAGCUACCUCUCAACUGGAUGCUGGCUGUGUUUCAAGGCCUUUUUCCACUGAAUGCAAAGAGUAAACCUUUCUCCUGAGUGGGACUCAAUUUUGAUGAAAGAAAUCUUGUUUGCCUAGAAAAAGCAGUGGUGGUUUUACUGAAAUUUUUUUUUUUUCAAAGCUGCUAAAUCCCACCCAUUGUUCUGUUCUCACCAUUUUAAGUCCUUUUGAGGAGAUGCCUCUCUGAAAUGACUUUACUUUAUGCCAGCCUCCAGUAUUUUUUCUUCAGCUGGUCUUCGGAAUUUAUCAGGACGUUUUCAUUUGUUUCUGUCCACAUUAAUUGAUAUCUGGUACUUUGUUUUUUGGGCUGUGAUGUUCAAAAUCUUUGUUUUGACAAACAGGGUUUUUAAAACUUAUGCCAGUGAUGACUUUGCACUUGGCAAAGCAAAAUGUGUUAAACUGCAGUUAAGUUAUGAUGCCGUCCUUUUUCUAAGCCCAAUCUGGUAGUAAAAUUAGUUUGAUGAUCUGUUGUGUUUGUGUAAAGUAAAAAAAAAAAGAUUUCCAAACCACUAGCUUCAAUAUUCCAGCUAUUGGAAGAAGACCAUAAAAGGCUGAAAUUAUAAUCUACAAAAUGGCCUUUUAUUACACGCAACAAAAGCAGAAUUUACUGUUAUUUUUUGUCAAAAGGUUCUGUUCCAGAGCAUAUUUCUGUAGUACACUAUUCCCACACUUUUCCACAGGCCAGUUAAUAUGGGGCGUAAUGACUAUUAAUGUAAAUUUAAUCCAACCAAAGAUUCCUACAGCUGAAGGUUGACUAUUCUCUCUAUUUAUAGAAGUAAGCCUUUUUGUUAGUUUAAUUGACCUGUUGAACAGGUUUAAUCAAAAAAAUUUCCAUCAGGUUUUUAUCAAAGCAGAGAAACUAGAUUGACAAGGAAGUGGUGUAUCAAUUUAUCAUCUGUAACAAAGAAAGAACAGUCUACACCCACUAAAGCAUUAGUCUUGAAACUGCCACUAGACGCAAACAUGCAUUUGUAAACACGUGUUUACAUAUCAAGUUUCCCACAUCCUUCUCCCCGAACUGACGCAUAAAGAAUGUGCCUUGCAAACCGAGAAUGUAUGAGCCAUGAGCUACACACCUAAAUUUGCACUGUGAUGUUACAAUGGGAUAAAGAGGGUGGAGAUGUUUUUUUUUUUUUAAUUCAUCCUUGCAAUGGGUUUUAUUUUUUCUUCUUUAUCCUUACGUUUUAAGGGGCUUGCAAGCUGUUUUUAGCAGUUUCUUGAUAACUAAUCAUU